AUGGAGUCUGUCUCUAGGCGAUGUAUGAUCGACAUUGCUUGUGAUUUGUGUCGUGAUUGGAAAAAGUUUGGAUACGUAAAUGGCCUGUCAAAGGAAGUUGAGCAAAUUGAUCAAGAUUACAAGAGAAAUGUAUUUGAACAGGCAUACAGAAUUCUACAAGCUUGGCAGCAAAAAAAGGGAUCUAGGGCUAAUUAUCAAGAGCUGGGAGAAUCGUUUAGAUCAGGAACGCUGCUACGCAUUGAUUUAGCUGAAAAAUAUUGUGAAGGAAGAAACCAAAGCCCCUCUAAAACAGGUAAUCGGUAGAUAUUUUACCCGUAAUAAUAAACGUCUGUCUGAUCUGAUUAAUGUCCUCCAUAUACACAAGGCUGAGCACGAUAUUUAGAAUUAUAAAGCCGAGUGGAUAUUAACAACCUCCUCAAUAUGCAAAAUUCUCCAUAUCAUGCCCAGCCUCGUUCACGAUAAAACUGUUAAUUAUAAUGAUUAUUCCAAACCUUGUUCCCCGUUAAUUCUCUGAAAUCCAGAAUCACUAUCUUCAACUUUGUUUUAAUUAUACUUUGAAGAUUAUUUACAUGGGACUUCAGCUUAUAAUUUAAGCUUGUUUUGGUUCUCUUUUGUUUGUUAUUUCUUUAGGAUUUCUCAUAGGUUUCCUCUACAGGUAUGUCUGAACUGCCACUCUUGUUCGGUAAACUUAUGUAAAAAGUACUACAUGUAGUGGCUUUUUUUAUUAUUAUUAUUUUAAUUUGGUGAUAUCAAAACUACAUCCUUGAUCUACACUUGGAUGGCAGCUAGGACUCUAACCCCAAAACAAAGCAGCUUUCACCCAAACAAGGACUGCAGGUGCAUCAAGGUGGUGGGUAAGAAGAGAUAAUUACUUUUGUUACUUCUGGGAAAAGACUCUAUACAAUUUCUUUUUUUGUCAUUAGUGUUGCCCUUUUUCUAGGAACUGUUAGUCCUGUGAGGUAGGUGCACAAAAGGGGAGGAAAGGGGAAGAAAAGCAAGAAAGGGAAAAUUGAAAGGGAAAAAAUUAAAGGGAAAGGAGGCAGUUUUCUAUCCUUCUCUCCCCAGUUCCCUCUUCCUUUUCCCCUCCCUCCCCUCUCCUUUUGAAGCCUCCUACGCAGAUAUCAGAACUGCAUGUUCAUUUACUUUUGCUUUACAAUCUUAGAGAAGGGUCAUUUGAGGACUGGGAAGGUGUCAGACACUGUUAUAGAUGCGAUUUCAAAUGAGCUUGGUAUUAAGUGGAUAUGGGUUGGACGGUUGCUUGGGCUGGAGGACACUGAGCUUGAUGAUAUUAGAGAAAAUAAUGGGAGUCUCUAUGAAUGCUCUCACACAAUGCUCCUGUCCUGGACACAGAAAAGUACAUCCCGGGCAACAUACGAGUGGCUUGCCCAAGCAUUAAGCCACACAGCAGUAGGCAAGGGUUUAAUUGCUCAAAAGUACUGCCUUCAAGAUAUCAGCGUGUCCCAAGGAGGUAUUACUAUGAACAUUUUGUGAUUAAAAUUAUGAGUGACAAAGAAGUUAAGCAAUUAAUAAGCACUUAUUAGUGUAAAUGAAAAUUCAGGAGAAAGCAGAUAGAUGAAAAUGGUAUAGACUGCAGAAGAAAAGAAAAGUUCUUGGGUCAUCUUUAAUAAUCUUGUUAACCUAUCCCUACAGAGCGCACAAGCAAGAGAUGGGACAUGUAGGGAGAGAACCCUGGGAGCGAACUUGAGGUCAACCUCACUAGUUACAUUUGUAAGAGAAGCCGUGAAAGGGGUGGAUUAAAUGGGACCAACCAUACAAACUAAUUGCAAAACACAAGGACAAGUUCUAAUAACAAAUAAUCAACUUGUAAUCGUCCAGACAUUUUAAUUAUUAAAUCAAGGUGUCCUUAAUCAUACACCUGCCUCCCUCCUUUGUAGAGGCCAUGUUGUGUCACAAUUAAGCAGUGGAGCAGAUAGGUCAUGCAAUACUGGUCAUACUGAUAAGUGAAUGCCUAAGUUUGAGAGCAGUCAUUGGACCUUACAAACACGGCCUCUUGCCAAAGAGAGUUGAUCUAAAUAACUUUAAGGUACUCCAUACCAUGCCUGUGGACUGCCAUUAACUUUUACUGAGUAAGAUUUUAAUGGCACCCAAUCCUCCAUAUUGUGAGAAGCAAAAAGGUGCACAGAUGGACAGAUAAGGGAUAGCAGUUACUUUUAGUUUCCUUUGCAAAUUGUAAUACCAGUAACAGGUCAAUAACCACAGUCCAGUUCACUGUUGGUAUUUACAACUGUUAAGAUUAUACAUUCUGUGUUAAUUUUAGGUGCAUCUGUUCCUCUUGGUGGAGAAGACAUUCAGCACCUUAAUAUAAAAAUGGAGACAUUACAAGUUUGCAAUCCAGCAGAAGGAGCAAGUAAGCUUGAUGAUGAAGGAGCUGGUAGUGUUGAAAAAAUGAAUGACAGGGCAAUAGGUUUGUAAAUGUUUUCUCCAUAAUUUGUCUUUUCCUCGUUAUUUAGGUGUGUAUUUGAGGAAGCAGAAAAGUUUUGGCAGGUUGAUAACAUUUUGCACUAUUCUGUCCUGUACAUUUUAACGCAUCAAUAAUUGUCACGAACAAGACCCCCAUAGAGGGGUUCAUUGGGCUGCCAACUGCACAGUGCAGUGGUUUAAUAUUUAGGAAAGUAGAAAUUAGGGACAUUUCCAAAACAAAUCCCCUUCCGCCGAAACUACCUUCCGCCCAAUUAUUGCAUGACAGUGUAAUGUGGCUAGCUUGAUCUGUGUUCCUGACUGUGAAAAAUGUCAAGAUGACAUUGUAAGCACAAACAAGCCCUCGAGUUAAUGCAUGUGAAUGUUGUUCUGAUUUUCUUUUCAUGAAGCUCUUACAAGACUGGCAUCAAUUUUUUUCACUUGGAUACCUACUGUAAAUUUUGAUUUAAUCGCUGUUUACGUGAAAGUAGCCUUACAAAUUGUAAAAAGAGCUCAGUAUUUUGUUUCACCCUGAUGCAUAUACUUUCAUGCCUUUCAAAAUUACACAAGUCUACCGGCCUCUAGUGAUCUUUCUUCCACUUCUUAUCAUCAUCAUCAUCAUCAUCAUCAUCAUCAUAAUCACUGUGCUUUAAUACCAGGUUCAAGAAACCCUCUACCCGUCCCAGAUGAUUGCAUACAAAAGAAGUUUAUUACCAAUCUGCCUUAUAAGGUAAGGGGAGCCUUGGUUGUCAAGCUAGACCCCCCACGUGAAUUAGGAGGAGACUUCAAAGAUCUCGCUGGCGAAAUGGGAUUUAACAUGGAUCAGAUAUUAUAUUUCAAAUCACUGAAGAAUCCCACAGAAACUGUUCUAAAUUGUUGCUCCUCACGUUCUAUAGAGGAUCUUUGUAACAAGCUGGAUGUGAUUGGACGAGGAGAUGCUAGGUUGGAGAUUGAUAAAUGGAUCAAGACACAAGAUUGUAAAUGUGCAUUAUGCACAACCAUGAGUUAA